AUGGCCCAAGACACCGUCCGCGCUCCGUUAUCGGCGACCCUGCCGCCGCUGAUCAUGGGCACCGCGACCUUCAACUCGCAGUACAACGAGGACCCCUAUGCCCUUCCCACGACCGAACUGGUGCACCGUGCACUCGCUAGCGGUGUUCGUGCCUUCGAUACCUCUCCCUACUAUGGCCCUGCGGAAAAUCUCCUCGGCCGCGCUCUCGCCACCGAUUUCGUGCAGUCGAAUUUUCCCCGAAGCUCGUAUCAUCUCCUCACCAAGGUCGGACGGAUCGCCGGCUCGUCGUUCGAUUAUUCACCGAAAUGGGUUCGGAAAAGCGUCGCGCGGAGUUUGCGUCGUCUUCACACUGAAUACCUGGACGUGGUAUACUGCCAUGAUGUUGAGUUUGUUCCUGCCGCGGAGGUGCUGGACGCGGUGCGCGAGCUUCGGCGCAUCCGUGAUACAGAGGGUACCAUCCGCUACGUGGGCAUCUCGGGAUACCCUGUGAAUGUGCUGUGUGACCUUUCGGAGUUAGUCCUUCGUGAGACCGGCGAGCCGCUUGACGCGGUCAUGUCCUACGCCAACUUUACUCUUCAAAACACGCGACUCCUGACGCAGGGUCUUCCGCGCCUUACAGCCGCCGGCGUGGAUGUCAUCCCGAACGCAUCGCCUCUUGGCAUGGGUCUGCUACGAAGGAAGGGCGUGCCAAUUGGGAGCAUGGGCGAUUUCCACCCGGCACCAGACGGUCUUCGGACAGCCAUUCACAAUGCGGCAGAGUGGGCGGAUACACAAGGCGAGAAGAUCGAAGUCAUCGCGAUUCGGUUCGCACUUGAAUCAUGGCUUCGCGAAGGUGCAAAGGGCGGCGCCCUUGGGCCUCCUCUCGCUCGUACCCCGGGUUCGGACCCAAGCUUCCUUUCCGUCGCCAGCAUGGGCACCGGCGAACGGCUAGGCGUGAGCGUCAUGGGCGUCAGCAACAUCGAAGAAUUAACCGAGACGCUCCGUGUCUGGCACAGUAUCGUCGAUGGACUCGAGAACAAGGACGACAACGACACCGAGUACUUUGAAAACAAAGCCGAAGCAGCCUCCAUUCCAUCCGCCCCCAGCGCACCAGCCAUCCUUACCCCAUCCGACGGUAUAAUCACAGACCGCGUGUGGUCUCGUAAGCGCCGCAGCCGUAUCCUAUCGCUCGCAAAAGAGAUCCAGUCAAUUCUCUCGCCCACGUGGGUCGAUUACACAUGGCCUAGCCCGGGCCCAGACUUCGUCAAUACCUUACCCGCCGAGCAUAUAGCCGCGCUUAACCAGGAACCGGAGAAGUCUUCUACCUCGGUCCUACCGGAUGCCGAGCAGGCUAUGAUGACGCCGCCGCUGGAUGCGCAUGAGCAAGAGAUCGAGAUACCCGCGGGCAACGUUCCGUCUUUGUGA